AGAGACCUGAGGUCCUCCCAUGAGGCCAAAGGACACCAGUCGCUUGACACAGAAGUCCAUGCAGACACCACAUCCCUCUGUCAGGACCAGUACGCUUCCAGAACCACCUAUAGACUACUGCCGUCAUGGUCUGCUUGCCGUUGAUGUUUGCCAUGGUCAUUGCCGCAGGUGUUCAUGGAGCCCCUCUACUACCUCCUCUACCUAUGGAAGAUGGAUGUUACCGGGUCUCCCCAGAGGUGGAGAUUUUCAGAGUUGAGGGCGAGGCUGUAAUCCUCCACUUCCCGAUGUUCAUGCGAGUUCUUCAAGUACGCAAAGUCGCCCAACUACCAGCAAAGUAUCUCAUCACCAAGAACAACCGAACAGAUCAACCAACGUAUCGGAACGGGGGCCGGGUCCAGCAGCAGGGUAAAGAGCUGUGGUUCCUUCCAGCUCGGCCCUCAGAUUCAGGGGAAUACACCUGCACUUACAGAAAUGCAACCUACUGUGUCACUGGGAGCAUCACGUUGCAUGUGUAUGAGUCCUCUUCUGUAGACAUAGAAAAAUUGUCCUAUCCAUGGCCGGCUUUUGUGGGAGAGAAAGUGGAAUUUAACUGCCCAUCUCUAGAUUGCUUCAACAAGACACACAGACCAAUAGCGUGGUACAAGGACUCCAACCCCACUCCUCUUCAGCCGGGCAGAGAUACCCUGAUGAUCCCUGCUGUAAAGCACUCCCAUGCAGGGGUCUACACCUGCCAGCUAACGGUGCUCAUCAACAACCAACACCACAAAGUCAGCAGAGCCUUCCUACUCCAUGUGAUAGGUUCAGACCCUGCAAUUACUACCUCCGUGCCUAAUGUCUCCACACCAUCAGUUCCAGCUCAGUCCAGCAGUACCACUCUCAGUACUGUCAGUGCAAUGAAACCACCAGUGAUUGUCUCACCAAUUAAUGGAACCAUUUUUGAAAGCUCUCAUGGUUCAGGACUGGAGCUGUUCUGUCAAGUGCACACUGAAUGUCAACAGGCUGACUCAACUGUGGUCACAUGGCUGGUAAACGGCCUAUCAGUGGAGUCAUCAUACCUUGACAGACGGGCCCUGCUGGGUGGGAGAAGAGUAACCCGGGUGUCUGAAAGGUGCCAGAUUGAACUGAGGCUUGAUAUCGUAGCUAUAACCACAGAAGAUGAGAAGACAGAGAUGAAGUGUGUCACUCAGAACACAGACGGGAGACAAGAAGUUGUUGUAAUGCUUCACUUAGAAGAUACUACCUUCACAUGGCUGGUUGUAGCUGUAUUGAUAGUGACCUGCUUUCUGACGGUAGCCUUGGCUUUCCUUUAUGUCCUGUUCAAGCCAAAGACUAAAAAGAACAUGGAUUAUAUCCUUGCCCGCCAGAGCAGCACCUUUUCAUUUUAGCUUCAGUUUCACACACUCCCUCAAACAAACACAAAUGUUCCUUAAAUAGUCUUUGGGUAAACUGUGUAAAUGUGACCUCUAUCACAUUGUACUUGGGGUUUACGUGGCACUCACACCAAGUCAUUUUUUAUGAAUGGAUCAGCCACUGCAGAUGAAGAAAGAUGUUACAAUGAUAAAAGCUUUAUCAGCACCACUGAUUAAUAUUUGUUUAUCAAGGAGCUUGAUGUUCGCUGCAGUUUUGCACUAAUGUAAUUUAAACUAGUAUUAGUCCCUUUUAUAUUAACCUGCAUCAGUCCAGUUCUGUUUUGUUUGGUAAAUAAAAUGAAGUAACUACCUCAGUGACAGAGUUACCAAAUGUUACACAUAUGUAUUUUCUGCUGAUUUGCUGUACAAUGCAUUAAAUAUGACGGAUAUAUUGGCAUGUUUUUCAAGAUGCAGCCAAUUUUUUCAGAAAGACAUUGUAUUUCAUAAAAAACAUAUCGUCUGUUGCUGAAUUUUUAUGUUUAAAGAUUUGAAGGACAGAUAUAACAAAACAUAACCUCGUAAGUGAAUUGUUUUUUUAAAUGUAAUAUUCCUACUGCAGAAAACAACCCAAUGAAUUAAAUGGCUCCUAUGCUCCUAUUUUUCAGAGAAUAAAGACAAUAAAAAAACA